UUUUACUUGUCUCAAAGACAAGCCUGAGAAUCAUGCUUAUUUGAAACCACACUAAUACCUCGCCAAUGAAUCGACGUAGCGGUAUCUAAUGUCCUUCAACGUCAAGUGUCAGUCGCGGCGUAUCAGCCGAACAGGCAACACGUCGUCUUCACGCGGGAUUUUUGGAGCACGAAAGAUAACAAUGGCAAACAAAAAACAAAGCGAUGAAGAAAAACGCCUAAAACAUAAAAUGAAAGAACGUGAACGAAGACGUAGGAUAAAGAGUGAUCCGGUUCUCAAUGAGGCUAUGAAACAAAAAAUUAAAGAAAAAUAUGCGAGAAAAAAGGCAGAAGGAAAAAUAACAAAACUUCAUGAGGAACCACGCAAAAUCCAAAAAAUAUUAAAACAAAAGAAUCGCGAGAGUUCCAAAAAGCAUUAUUAUAAAAAGAAAAAAGAGGCUGAGCUAGUAUUAAAUGAGAGGCUCAUAGAUAUUCCAAUAAAUAAUGUAAGUGAAAAUGUUCUGGAUCCGUUAACUCAAUCUCUGGUUCAGUCACAGCUACCGUCAUCUAUUGCAGCUGAUGUAGGUGAAACAUUCUCUGCUCAAGUAGAUUCUGCAUCUAAUUUACGUGAAGCGUCUACGGCUUCUUCAAGAUCUUUCACAGCACAUCACACUGCUAACUGCAAUAUUGCAGUAGAUGUACCUUCGCCAUCGACUCGUUCUUAAGUAGUGUCUCCGUG